AUGCGAUCAUCCGUGAUUACUAAUGUGAUUGUACUGUUCGGAUUGCAUUUCUUGUAUUGGUGUUGCAACACAGUAGAUGCUAGCGGCGGGGCCCUUGAUGCGAGUUCGAACUUUCAAUCUGGCUCCACUGGAAGUUCACAUUCCAAAGUCACAGCAUUCUCCGCCACACUCACAGAUGGACUGGCACAAGCUGUGGCUCACGAAGCUGGUUCUGAUACUUGUAACGAUGACCUAGCUUGUCUUACAACAAUGGCUUCUCAUGAUCGACUAGGUUUGGAAGCUAUCAAGUCACUCCAUAGUCAACUAGAUGAUGAUGCCAAUGGAAAUGUGGACCUAUCGGAGUCAGAUGAUUUUUUAAGAGAAGAAUUACAAUAUGAAGCUGGAUAUGAAAGAAGACAAAGGGCUUUUCAUCAUAAUGAUGAUAUGCAUAUUAGUGUUCGAGAACUUUGGGAAGCCUGGUUAAGAUCAGAGGUUCAUAAUUGGACUAUAGAACAAACAUCAGAAUGGUUAUCUUCUAAUGUAGAUCUUCCACAAUAUGUUCCUACUUUUAUACAACACCGUGUAACUGGUGCUACACUUCCAAGGUUAGCUGUGAACAAUAUGCAUUAUUUGACUAAUGUAUUAGGCAUCAAGGAUCCCAUUCAUAAACAAAAAAUUGCCUUAAAAGCUAUGGAUGUAGUUCUUUUUGGACCGCCAAAGGAUACUGGACAUAGUGUGAAAGAUUUGAUAUUAAUAACGUUAUUAUUUGGCGCACUUAUUGGUUGCUGGUAUGCAUAUCAGCAGAAGAAAAAUUCACAGAAACAUCUUCACAGAAUGAUGAAAGAUAUGGAAAGUUUACAUAAAGCAGAAUUAGCAUUGGAAGACUUGCAAAAAGAAUUAGAAAGAGCACGAAUGGAACAAGAAAGUGUAACUACUGAGAAACAGAAUUUAGAAAAACGUUUACAAGAUGAAAGUGUAGGAUUACAUGCUUCUUAUUCGGAUCUUGAAGUUUCUCAAUUAAAAGCAGAAAUUGAAAUGUUAAAAGUUGAAUUGCAACGUGCAGAGGGUGAACUUGAAGACAGAUGUUGGUCUCCUCCUCCUGGAUUGCAACAUUGGCUACAAUUAACUCAUGAAAUUGAAAAUAAGGCAUAUACGAAGAAAAAAAUAAGUGCCGAAAAACAGUUGCAACAAGCGCGAGAAGCAUGUGAAAAAUUACGAAAAAAACGAUCAAGUUUAGUAGGAGCAUUUGUUUCAACCCAUGGAAAAUCGAUUGAUGAAGUUGACAAAAGUAUAGUGGAAGCAAGAACUGCAUUAAACGAAGUUACCGCAGAAUUACAAGAAAGAGUACAUCGUUGGAAACAAAUUGAGCUCUUAUGUGGCUUUAAUAUAAUCAAUAAUAAUGGUCUAAGCUAUUUAGAAACUGUUUUAUAUAGGGGGACACCCAAUGGGCGAGGUCUUGGACUCAGAGGUCGACUCAGUAGUCAAGAUGACUUAGACGACGAAGCAAGCUCAGUGUAUUCACCUUCAACAUGUGGUGCCGCAGGUACUGUGGACAACUUGACGUGGAAAGAGUCGUCGGUCCCACCAGACUCGUCGAGCAGCGAGACAGGAAAAGAGACACCGCCGGAGAGCAACGUGGUACAUUUCACGGUCGGCGAUGUGCCGGACGAGCCUAUCAGAUCGUCCAGCAAAGAGAAAUCCGGCAUUGUUCGUUCUUACAGCCAGGACACGAACAUGCUCCUCUCUGUCGAAGACAAAACUACCUCAUCAUUCCUCUCCAAGACAUCCUACUCGGAGAAUUCGUUGGACUCGUCUAACCAGGAUCGAGGAGGGCAGCAAAGAAUUGGUCCGAAUCCAUGCACGGUCCCAGCCUCGAGCGUAACGAGCAUCAAUUCCGCGAGCGGCCAAUCAUGUUCGAAUAGUAGGAAGGGGGGAUCGAGGGAGGGACAACCGACUUCAACGGUCGACGAUGCCGAAACGUUGUCGACCGAUUCGAAUUCCACCAUGGACAACGACGAUCCGAAAAAACGAUCCCGCAAAAUUCUGUUUGCGUUCAAGAGGAACAAGCCAAAGGUUACGUGGUGAAGAAGGGAACCUCUCGAACCUAGUCAACGCGACAUAAUACGAUAUACGCGGUAUACUAAUCCGUAUUGAUCUGUGCAACGUUUCUUACUUAACGCCGAUUACACUAUCCGCGAUCUGUUAUUGUUAUUAUUGGGUAUUAUCGAGCCGCGACGUGCACUUAAAAGGGGGAAAAACAAAACAAAAAACAUACACACACACACACACAUAUAUACAAAAAAAAAAAGAAAAAUGGAAAAGAAAAAAAAAAUAGAAAACGAAGUUUCGUCUCCAAGAACCGGUCGGUAAUUGAUUAGCGAUCAUACCCUGCCGGUACGUGUGUAAAUAAUAUGUAUUCUAUGCAUCUAUCACGUAACGUGUAUACACAUGCGAUUAGAGAGACAGAGGUAUAGCCGUGUAGAACAUCGUUGGAGGAAUUCAUCGUCGACGACACUUUGGUCUGGAUUAUUGAUGUUCGAUGUUGAGCCAUGUUUCGAACCGUGAUGUUUAUAUCGAGAUAUUUAUUUAAAAUUUCAUAUCAAUAUAUUGAGAGAUUAUAUACGAAAAAUAAAUAUUUAUUUUUAAACUCUGCAAUAUUUCGUAUGAAUUCGUGCAAUUAAACUUAAUAAUAGUUUAGAUAGAAACUUUAGGAAAUUUCGUUUAAUCGGUAAUAAGUAGACCGUUGGCGUGUAUAAUUAAUGUUAAGGCUCUUUACGCGUUUACAUGAGAAUAUUGAUGAUGUUGAAAAGCGUAUUGAAAAAUUUCAUUAUAAAAAAAAAAAAAAAGAAAAGAAAAAAGAAUUGUACAGUGUGAAAGGCAUAAUGGAAUCGGUAUAUACCAAUGAUUAAUUAUAGUAGUGUCGAUGAUUUUAUUGACUAAAGGAUUAUAAAGAGAAUCGGACAAUUAAUGGGUAAUUUAAUGGAGAGAAAAAACGAUGUUCUACCGUGCUAUCGUCGAAUAGGAUGUUUUUGGUGCCCCGGUGUGUCUCCCGUUUUGUUGCCAAAUAUUCGUUUUGUUCGCAAACGAGACACCACCAAGCGACGUCCUUAUCUUAGAUAGUUAGAUAUUUUAAAUUCGUGAUGCCGAAUUCUUUAACCAGGACAAUAUUCUGAUUCAGGGAUGGGCGAUCUUUAACACGCUUUGCGCUUCCGCUUUCGAGUAACGAUAGCUCUCUUUUUUUUUAUUUUUAUUUUUAUUUCUUUUUAUUUUUCAAUUGUACUUUCAAUUGAUCUUAUUCCGUUGUAACAUAUUUCUUUCUUUCUUUUUUUACUUAUUCAUUUUAUUUCGUGUAUUUAAUUAAUGCAACAGUUUCAGCUUUUAAAUAGUUUCCACGAGAUAAAAUCUCAAUUCUAAGCUUAUUGCUUGUUAACUGAAUUUUGCAACAUUUGUUACGGAAACUUUUUUUUUUUAAUCAACGAAAUGAAUUUUCUCUAAAAAAAAAUCGUUGAAAUUAUCAAUCGACUAUUCGAGAUCAGAAAAAAAAAAUAGAAAUUUCUCUUUCAUUUUUUAAAAUUAAUUAGAAAAAGAUAAUAUUAUUGAAGAAAUUGAAGUUUUAAUUUUAAAUAUACAACAACGCAUAUUGUAAUAAUUGUUUUUCUUCGAAGCAACGGAGAUACGCUUCUUAUCCAUUCCCUUCUUUCAUGCAUUUUCAUUUUUAACAUACCUCGACUACCAUUUUUAAUUAAAUUAAUUUAAUGAAAAAUUAUCUAAAUGAAUCUGUUCAAAGAUUUUAUUUCAUCGAUUAUAACGUAUUACUUGUCCAAUUUUUUAUUUCUCUAUGACGAUACUCGGCCUAAGUAUAAUAAUCUUCGUGUAAAAAUUAUCCAACAAAUUUUCUUUUGUGUACAAUCCAUGUACCCUGUAUUAUAAUUUCAAUUUCGAUUUUUAUUUGAAGACAAGCGAUCGCUCAUUCCUAAAUCCUUCGAGUCAUAUCUUCUAUCGCGUAAAAACUCGAAAUUGUAAUGCAUUAAGGCUUUUUAUUUUUUUUUAUUUUUAUUUUUUUUUCGCCAAUGACAUUAAUCGAUAGUUGUAUAGUAUGUAAAUCUUUUUCCUACUUUUUUUCUUUUUUUUUUUUUUGCGCUAUUAUUUUUAUUUUUAGACAUUUUUUUUUCUUUUAAGUAUAGGCCGAGCAAUAAAUCAACGACGCUCUUCCAUUUCAAACUUUUUCUUUUUUUUUAAACUUCAUCUAAUUUUUUUUUUAAUAUAAGUACAUUUAACACGAGACAUAAUCUUAUGAAUUUUAUCAUUUCUUCGUCUUUGCUUUGUUUUUUUGCAUUUUUUUUUUAAUCGUUACUUUUACUCACACAAAGUUAUUAUUAUUUUAUUCAUAUUUAUUCAAGUUAGCAUAUUAUAUAUUUAUAAAAAAAAUUUUCUUUUUUUUUUUUAGAAAUUUAAUGAUAAAAUAAUUUCCAAUCGCGCAUAAUCAAAGUGAAAUGAAUAUUAAAUUUAUUGGUGAACUUUACAUUACAUUUGUAAGGAACAGAGUUGUAUUCUAAAGUAGGUGAUAAUGUGUAUGUGAUAAGAGAUACGUCAUCUCAGAAGUAAUAUGAUUUCUUUUUUUUUUUUAUGCAAUAAUAUUUAAAGCAAAAGGACACACUAUUGUUUUGAUUUUAUGUAUAUAUUAUUUUUAUAUUUCUAUUUUGUAAAAUAGAAAUAACAAGGAUUUGAGAUUGAUAAUGAUUUCUAUUCUAUCAUAAUGGAUUCUCUUAUUUUUUUUUUUUUGAAGUAGAAAGAAAAUAGCAAAAAUUAUAAUUCAACAAGAGAGUUAUUAUUUCUUUUCUUAACAAAAUUUCAACAGAGUUUACUUAUUUUAGAAGAAAAGGACGAUAUCACUAUUUUGUUGGCAUGAUUUAUCAUUUAUACCUUUUUACAUACACUUCUUAGAAUUACUUAUGGGAUGAUGUAACAAUUAACUAUAAAUGAAUUUAGGACAUUACUCCUUUGAGGUUCGUGAUGAUUUAUAAAUAGAAUAUAUUGAAAAGCAAUAAUUAUUAAGACUUCUUCAUUCGUUUUUUCUAUACAUGACUUUACACAAUGAAGUAUUACUAGAUUUAACGCUAAAGAUAAAACUCAGGAACCUUAAAGGAAACUCUCAGGUGAUGAGAUUUUUGAGAAAGGAAGAGAAAUAAGAUAAAAAAAAAAAAUGAUUUUUUUUUCUGCUCUCAUAUCACGAGAAUAUGUAUUGACAUUAUUUAUGCGUUUUUUUUUUUUAAUACAAAUUAAGAAAAUUUGCAUACGAAUCAAGGCAUUUUACGGUCGCGUCUUUGUUUUGACUUCGUACGUCGUUGAUCUUCUUUUUUUUCUUUCUUUUUUUUAAUUUCACAUUUAUAUUGCGACACCUGUUGUACUUCACUUUUUUUUUUUUUAGAUAUUUAGAUAAUGAUGGUCCGUCUGAUAUUAGUCAUUCAAGGUCAUCAAUGUCCAUCGUUUCCAUCGUUUCUUAAUUUCCAAAUCUAACGGGCUUUCUCUAAUUUUUAUAUUGUAUUUUAUGACAAUAGAGAAAGUCUGAUUAACGUAAAAGAUUAUUGAACGAUGUAAAAUGAAGGAAAAAUGAGUGAAAUAUAUUGUUUCUACUACUAUUUUUAGAAUGUUAAAAAAUUGUGUAAAUAUGAAAAUAUAAGAAAGAAAAAGUGAUGAUAAUUUGUAUUUUGGAGUAUGAUCUUGAAUAACUUGACUUGCUUUUUUUGGACAGACUGUAGAAUUAACUUAUUAUCCUCCACUUAUUAUCCUUUCCCCUCUUAUUGUACACAUACACUUCCCUGUAAUUGCUAUGUGUGCUAAUGAAUACAAAAUGGAAUAGUUUCUUCCUUUCUUAUUAUAUAUAUAUAUAUAUAUAUUUUUUUUUUCUUUAUACACAGGCUUUAUAUUCAAAUAAAAAGAGGGGAGAAUAUUUAAGGGAUGAUUUUAAAGACUGAAACAAGUACAAAAGUUAGUAUGCAAGAAUAUUCUUAUUUUCCAUGUUAUAAACAACUCAAUGUUUCUCUUUGUCUCAUCUAGUAUAAUUAAUUAAAUGGCUCGUAAAUUGAAAAAUAAGUUAUACAAUGCAUACUUUUCUGCGUACUUUUGUAUUUAUUUUAGAAUUGCAUCUUAAAUUUUCUUCUCGUAACGUAAGAAUAUCCUGUACGUGACAACGUGACACACACAUACAUAUAUACAUAUAUACAUACACACAUACUAUAGAAGCAAAUGCGGCGAGGCUGGAACUCUCUGAAACUUGUUUUCAUUUCAAAGAACAAAGACAGCGUAGUAAAAACUGAUGUGCCCCCCUCCCCGUCUCCCGUGUCUAUUAUCUUUCCGUGAAUGACUAUUUUAAAACAAAUUCUAUCUUAAACGUUCAUCAUUCAUUCGAAUUUUAAAUGGAAUUUGAAACUUGGGAAUAGACAAAAUUUGGAGAAUGAAAAAAAAAUGAAACCACGGAGAGAUUUGGAUGAAUAUAUAUUCUUUGUAUUCCACUUGUAUUUCCUAUUUGAUCUAGACGAUUUAUCUAUUUCCGUUUGAUGUUCUCUCUUGUGCUAUCAGAUUUUUUUUUUUUUUAAUAAUGUGCGUUUCUUUUUGUCGUGUACUUUUCACCCAAGCGUUCAAAAGUAACGGAUUUUCCGUUCAUUCACACUUUUUAGUUACACGUCUUCCAGAAAAUAUUUCUCGCAGUCGCAAUCCUAUUCUUUUGCCUCUUUUUUCUUCUUUUUCUUUUUCCUAUGCAAUGCGCAUUCCUUCCUCCGACUUGUUGUUUCGAUAAAUUCGACACUCCUCCUUUAGGCACAAACUGACACAUUUGCAUCUCAGGAUUGAAUCUCGAUUUUUUUUUCUGGUAAUAAUAAUCGAGAGUGAAGCGUUAUUUUUUUUUUUUUCGAGGUAUACCUUCGAGAACAGAGAUGACAUGAUUUUGGAGACGAUACCUUUGGAGAGAAGUUUAUAUUAACACAUGAAUAAUUGUUACAUAUUGGAUGUAUUUAAUGUUAUUAUUGUUCGAGAUUUUCCAGAUUUAAUUUUAAGAAUAAAACGCGAGGAAAUUGACCCCGAAUCGAAUUAAUUUGAACAUUGAAUUUCGAAAGCUUACUGUGUAAGGCACACAAAGGCAAGAUAUGCGCGAAGCUUUAACGAGUUUUUGUCAAGGUAUCAAAUUACCAACGAAAAUACACAAAGUUGACCUGUGAAGGUAUCAAAUUCCAAAUAAGAGAAACCAAAUAAGUAAAUAAACUCUCACUUUCUCAAGUUGAAUUAUUAAAAUAUAAAAUAUCACAUUUGUUAAUGUAAUAUCGUUUAUCAUGAAAUACGAAAAUUACGAAUUCUGGAAAUCUCGAAUGGUAAAAUACAUAUAUAUGUUGUACCGAUUGUAAGAACGCGUAUAUCAUAAGAAAGCAAUAGACGAAAGGAUUUGACAUUCAAUGGACCAAGUUCGAUUAAACGUAUAUAAGUGAGAAACAAAAAUAAUAAUAAUAAUAAUAAUAAUAAUAAUAAUAAAAAUAAACGAUAGUUGGAAGGAUCGAAACGAUCUUCUAGGCUCAAUUAGCGUCAUAGAUAGUAGGAAACGAAGAGAUUGUUGUAAUUAUAUUGUUCAUAUAAACUUUUAACUUUGAUGAAAUGUUAUUACAGCUUUCAAGGGCUUCCGGAUUAAUACAAUUGUAAAAUAAUUAUAACUACCAAUUUUAUCGUGAUUCACUAGUUGUGCCCACCUGCCAAUUUUAUUACAAAUUACAAAUUAUAUGAUUGUUAGAAAAAAAAAAAUAUAAAGAGAAGGUCCAAUCUUUAGUUGGAAUAUUUUUUGAAUUUUUUGAAAGUUUUUUGAAAACUGAUCGAAAUAAUAGGUGAGAUUACGAAAACAUUGUGUUAAAUUUUAAAAUGUAUGUCAAUUAAUCUGAUCGUUGGGACAAUUUUAACCAAGACAAUUUAGUGAUCGGUUAAUCGGAUAAGGAAAAUGAUAAAAUAAUAAGUAUUUAUCGGUCGAUAAUUUUCGACCGGCAACUCGUGUAUCAAGAGAAUAUAAUUUUUUUUUUGCAGUCUUUUGGAAUAGAAAAAUUCAUUUCUGUUCCACGUUUUUCAAAAUUAUACGAUAAAAUCAAAUAAAAGACUGGAAUGAGCAAAUGAAUAAUAAAAUCCUACAACUUAUGAUAUGUAUGAUAUUCGUGUUUCUCGAUAGAUCAUUUUAAUCCUCGCGAUUCGAUGGCUAGAUUAUAUUUCAAAAUGGAAUAAAUUUGGAUUUAAUAUCUUGCCAUUGUGCCAGAGUUGGUUGAUUUGCCCGAUAGGAUUAAUAUAUAUCCUAUGCAUGAACCAUGUUUCGUUUUGUCGACGAUCAUAAACAAGAGAGAGAGAAAGAGAGAGAGAGAAAGUCGAAUCGAUCAACCGUGUGAAAUUUUUAUAGAAUAUCCCUUAUUACGAGAUACUCGGUAUACAGAAUAUUAAAAUCAAGAAUCAAUUUUAUCAUAAUACUAUUUGUAAUACUUCUCUUAUUUACAAAGCCAUAAAUAUAUUCUUCAUAUUAUAAAUCCUGACCACCUUGACUGGAGAACAACCACACACCGUCCAAAAAAUUGUAUACCGUCCUUAUAAGGCGAGAUCUCACACGAUUGUAAUAUCGAGAUAGGACAUAUGCGAUUAUCGAUUUAUAUUCGAAAAAUUGAAUAUGGCGAUCGUUCAUUUAUCCGAUGUGGUGAAAUGGUCCCUUCGUUGGUAUACUUUUUUCUGUUUCGAAAAAUUCAAACGAAACCAUCGAGGAUUGUGUAAAUAGGAUGAAAAAAAAGAAUUUAUACGAGAAUAAAAUGUGUCAGCUUCGUUUUAGUGUCUUAAUUCGUGAUUGACCCAUUAAGUAUCAGCUUUUAAAAUGAUUUUCCAAAUUGUGAAUAUUUGAUAUAUAUAUAUAUUAGACGAGUUCCUUUUAGUGCUCCUUUCGUUUUAUCGAAUAGUUGUAAUAGUUUUUAAGUAAUAAUAUAGUGUUAACCAUUCCUAAGAACUAAUUAAUAAUUGUUGAAAAUUCGUAAUAAUUUAUUCGAAAAACGAUUUAGCGAUUAAAAAGAUGAACAUAUCUUAAAAUAUCUGUGGAAAUAUAACAUAAUGUAAGUACUUUAUAUAUAUAUCCGAAAAUAAAGAUUAUACAAAAUAAA